AAAACGAAAAAGAUAUAUAUCAGAUAUGUAAUCAUUAUGAUAAAGAUAGUGGUUUGAGAUAUCACGAAAUAACUAAAGUUUUAUUCAGUAAACAGAAAAAUGAAGAUACCAAUGAAGAUUUUUUAAAUUUUUAUUUAGAAAAACCU